AUGGCAGACAAGACAGCGAGCGUGGAACUCAAGUACGGGUGUAACCCGUACCAAGUACCGGCGACGUACGAGGUGACGGCCGACAGCGACGGCCGGCUCCCGUUCCAUGUCCUCAACGGGACACCUGGCUUUAUCAAUCUCCUCGACGCGCUCAACGCAUGGCAUCUGGUGGCCGAACUGGCGGAAGCGACGGGCUUUGACGCAGCGGCAUCGUUUAAGCAUGUUUCGCCGGCAGGCGCAGCCAUCUCGGCUUUUCCGCUCACAGACGCCGAGGCAGCCGCGUAUGAGAUCGCGGACCCUGCUGGCCUCGAGGGCCCGGCCCUGGCCUACGUUCGGGCGCGCAACGCGGAUCCCAAGUCGUCGUUUGGCGACUUUAUCGCCAUUUCGGGCACAGUCGACGAGGCUGCGGCCAAGGUCAUCAAACCGCAUGUCUCGGACGGCAUCAUUGCGGCCGACUAUGACGAGGCCGCGCUCACGCUGCUGUCGGCUAAGAAGGGCGGCAAGUUUGUGGUACUCAAGGCCGAUCCGGCGUACCAUCCGCCCGAGAUGGAGGACCGACUUGUCCACGGCGUGCGGAUGCGACAGAAGCGCAAUGUGGAGAGCGUUUCGCCUGAUGAGCUCCGCGGAUGCGUGACCAAUGCCGACGACGCGGCACGGCUGACCAGCGCCGCCCUGCUCGACCUCACCGUUGCGUCGAUCGCUAUCAAGUACACCCAGUCAAACUCGGUCGGAUACGCCAUCCGCGGGCAGAUGAUCGGUAUCGGAGCCGGACAGCAGUCGCGGAUCGACUGCACGCGGAUCGCCGGUGACAAGGCCGCGGUCUGGUGGCUCCGCCAGCAUCCGCGGGUUCUCGGGCUCAAGUUUGCCAAGGGUGUCAAGCGGCAGGCGCGGGUCAACGCGCGAGUUGAGUUCCUUGCCAUGUCGCCGGAUCCUGCUGUCAACGCUGUGCUCGUCAACGAGGCGCAGAUGGCGCGAUUCAACGCGCAGCUCGAAGAGACCGAGCUCGACACCGACCCGCUCUCGCAGGUCGAGCGCGCCAUCUUUAUCACAAACUCGGCCCGCGAUGCCGGUGGGGUGGCGCUCUGCUCGGAUGCCUUCUUCCCCUUUCGCGACUCGAUCGAAGAGGCGGCCCGCCAUGGCGUGGCCUGGGUUUUGCAGCCUGGCGGGUCGGUCCGCGACGACGAGGUCGAGGCUGCAUCGCGCGCGUACGACAUGGUCAUGAUCAAGAACGGCAAGCGAACGUUAGGCGCAGGCGUCAACGUCGCGUGCAACGUCGUCGUCGACGAGCGCGGGUGCCGCCGGGCGCUCCAGACCGACGACCGACUCGCGGGCGUCCGACUUGGCGGGUGA